CAGUAUUCAAUUUCAGGAAGUUUGAACCCAAUAAAUACUCAACACAGGGCUUUAGUGACACCUGAAGAGUACCUCACCUGUGACACCUGAAGACUCACUGUAGAAAAAGCAAAACUCAAAGAUGCCUGGAAACCUUCUGAAAAAUUCACAUGGAGACGAUGUUUUUUGUAACUGGGAGUUGACGCAAAACGGUGGAGACCAAUGGCAUAUUGAACUGACGCCAGAUGAUGCAGUGGCUGCAUACUUCUGCACCUCAUUUCAGCCGUGUCUAAAAAAACAAGUGAUUGAUCUGGUGAAAAGCGGUUAUGAUGCUGCAUAUUUAGAUUCUGCGCCUGAAGUGACUGUGAAGGACUGGUACGCUACUCGAGAUGACUGUGGAGGCGUUUAUAGGCUUACUGUGUCACUGCUCAAUGCAAGUCGUGCUGUCAUUGCUACAUUUAAGCCGCCUGAUGUGACUGUGCCCCAGGGUACCCCUUGGAAACAGGUGACACACACGUUUACAGGUUAUGGUCCUGGUCUACGCUUCAUCUCUUUUGAACAUGGUGGUCAAGACGAUAAAAGUUGGAAAGGCUGGUAUGGAGUCAGAGUCACUGGAAGUUCUGUCACCAUACCCCCAAAACCCUAAUAUGUGAUUCAAUAAUGUUACUGAUUGGUCAGCACUUUGCUUUUAACCAUACUAUAACUACAAAUAAUAUUAAAGUAACAUUACAGAAACUACACGGCUAAAGCCUUUGCUUACUUUUUUAGAUUUAAAUGCACAUUCUGAAUACAAAUACAUAAACUUAUCUCUGAAUGAAAAUGUAAACGUGUGAGGGAUUACUUUCUACUGUCAUUAUAAAGCUUAAUAAAGUCUCCCUGUGGUGAAAAUCAA